CAUAAAAACAAAUAAACUUUCAGAGAUCUCUAAACAAGUUGUGGUUGAGAUCCAAUCUCACUCCACUUACACACUGCAAAACAAAACCAGCAAAAACCCAACAUUAACACUCGAUAACACUCCCUCAUUGUCCCCUCCUCUCCCUUCCAUCUCAGUUCCAUUCACCGGAAAACGAAAAUAAUAAGAGUCCAUUUUCUUUUAACCCCUUUUUGUUUUUAUACUUCUUCCACUAUAUAUUGCAUGCAAUAUAUAGCGAAAUUGCACCAUAUAUAGUCUAUAUCCUUGGUGGAUAUAUCUAUAUCCUUAUAGUUUAUGUAUCAAGUCACUGAUUGUUUUUCUGUGCAGUCGCAUUUUGAGCUGUAUUGAUGCUAGCUGUGUCACCCUUCAUAGGCACCACCACUACUAAAGAUGAAAGCCAAGAACAGAUGGAUAGUUUUGGUACUGUUUGCGAUGAGGAGUUUCCUGACUUACUUGAGAGCAUCAAUUUUGACGAUCUUUUUGUGUUACCGGAUUUGGAGAUGGACCCUGAAAUUCUUGCUGAAUUCUCAGUUAGUAGUGCUGGUAGUGGAGGCGAAGAGUCAGACAUAAACACACCGGUGUCUAAUGAGAAAUUGGAGGAUAGCUCAAGAAAAGAUGAGGAAGAUAAGAUUUCAGGGUCAGGGUUGGAUUCGAGUUUGAGUACGAGAGGAGAGGAGAUUGUGAGUAAGAGGGACGAAUCCGUAGUGGUUAAUCUAGUUUCUAAAGAAAGUGAUAAAGGAAGGAAAUCAUCAUCCACACAAGCCAAGAAUAGUAAUCAUCAAGGGAAGAGAAAAGUAAAGGUGGAUUGGACGCCAGAUUUGCAUAGGAGAUUUGUGCAAGCAGUGGAGCAAUUAGGAGUGGAUAAGGCAGUACCUUCAAGGAUUUUAGAGCUUAUGGGUAUUGACUGUCUCACUCGGCAUAACAUCGCCAGUCAUCUCCAAAAAUAUCGAUCUCACCGGAAACAUUUGCUAGCUCGUGAAGCUGAGGCAGCAACAUGGAGCCACAGACGGCAAGUAUAUGGUGCUCCCGGAGGAGGUGGUGGUGGUAAGAGAGAAGUGACACCUUGGCAUGCACCCACCAUGGGGUUUCCUCCGAUAACACCCAUGCACCACCACCACCCCCACUUUAGACCAUUGCAUGUUUGGGGUCAUCCUCCAAUGGAGCAACCACUGGUGCACAUGUGGCCUAAACAUCUAGCUCAUUCACCAUCACCCCCGCCGCCGCCGCCACGUACAUGGUCUCCACACCCACCGCCAGACCCUUCGUACUGGCACCAUCACCCACACCAGCAACGGGUUCCAAGUGGACUAAUUCCAGGGACACCUUGCUUUCCACAGCCAGUGGCACCAACGAGAUUUGCCACACCUCCUGUCCCUGGUAUACCACCUCAUGCCAUGUACAAAGUAGACCCUGGCAUUGGAGUCCCGACUAGACAAUCCGGCCCCAAUCCUCCUCCUUUCGACUUUCACCCCUCGAAGGAGAGUAUAGAUGCGGCCAUUGGAGAUGUUAUAUCGAAGCCAUGGCUGCCACUUCCUCUUGGAUUAAAGCCACCGUCUCUUGAUGGUGUUAUAGGGGAGCUGCAACGGCAAGGAGUUGCCAAGAUACCACCUACUUGUGCUUGAUUUAUAUCCCUGGAACAUCCUUCCAAAGGCGGCUGUUCAAUAAUGGUAUAUUCAAGACCGCGAGAGAUUGAGAACCCUAAAUUUGACGACAUUUCCUGUCUACGUUUUAUGCACAGAUCUAAUCUUCGAGCUUUUUCCCCACCUUAACUUUUAUUUCUAUCUUUUCUCUCUCUUUCUUUUUUUUUUUUUUUUUUUUUUCUUUUGUAGCUCUUUGCUAAAACUAAGUAUUGUUUUCUUGUUCUUGUUCAUGCAAGGACAAGUUUGUUAAUUACCUUACCUAUGUGCUAUAAUAAGAUGGUAGUUUCUUA